AUGGAACGCCUCAAGGUGAAAAGCAUUGAAAACGAACGCCGCCAUGAAGCUGAGUUCGAACGCAUCCAGAUGGAACGCGAGAAUCUCGUGAGUACUAGUACCAACGAGGCCGAGACGGAACAACACAAGGCGAAGAUGGAAGCUCGAAAAAAGGAGAUCCUGGCACUACACCAGGAGAUCCUGGCACAAGGCCAGGCGCUCCUGGCACAAGGCCAGGAAACCAACGCACUACUCCGUCAAACCCUUGAAGAUGUCCAAGAGCAGGAUCAUGCCGACGCCUAA